AUGUGGAUAGCACUCCUCCUCUGCAUCUUGCCCUGUUUAACCUCCAGCACAAAUUGCCCUGGCGGCUGCCUGUGUGAUUUUCUAGGCUCUGUCAUCUGCAUUGGUCCUGACAUCACCGACAUUCCCAAACCAAUGCCAAUUCACACGUACCUCCUGCAGCUCAAAAGCACAAACAUGAACAUUAUUAAUGAGCGAAGCCUGUCGAACCUCGACCUCUUGCAGCGAUUCGGCCUCACCCACAGCAACCUCCACACCAUCCAUCCUCGGGCUUUCUAUGUGGCCCCGCAACUCAAGUCCGUCAAGCUGUCCGCCAACAAUCUUUCCAGCCUUCCCAUUGGUGUGUUAAUUCCUUUAACCAGCCUUGAGCAGCUCCACAUAGACAGGAACCAGCUGAAGACCAUUAGUCCGGAGAUGUUUGAAGGCCUCACUGGACUGCUGGAUCUGGACCUCAAACGCAACCUAAUUUCCAUCCUUGCCCCGGAUGUUUUCAGGGGACUGACCAACCUCAGCUCCCUGAACCUGGGCAGUAACUUCUUAAAAGCGCUCCCGCCGACCAUAUUUCACUCCUUGAUUAAUCUGCGGCAGCUCGUUCUCUACAACAACGAGAUAGAGACGCUAGAGGCCGGGCUCUUUGAUACCCUCUCCAACCUCGAGGAGCUCAACAUUUACCACAAUCUCAUCGCCAGCAUUUCACCCAAAGUGUUCUGGUCUCUGGGGAAUCUCAGAACCCUUACCCUGUCCUCCAACCAGCUUCAGGGCAUCCCAGAAAAGACCUUCUACAACAUGCCCAAACUGAAUAAGCUAACACUUUACAAGAACCCUUUACUGUCUCUGCCAGAUGAGCUAAUGGGUUACAUGCCUAACAUGACAGAAUUCUACUUGUACGCCACCAAUCUGACCACCGUUCCUGGUAACUUGUUUGCCAACAUGACUGGACUGCUAAAGCUAAACCUACACCUCAAUGACAAUCUAAGAGAGCUACCUGCCGACCUUUUCUGUUGCCUCCCCAACCUUGAGAAGCUGUCACUAAAGUCAAAUGAUCUCCAAAACCUGCACCCAAAUCUGUUCUCCAAACUGAGCAGGUUGGCUACACUGUUCCUGAAUGUCAACAAGCUUCAGACUCUACCGGAGAACAUUUUUCAAAACCUGUCAAAGGUGUCGACCAUCAACCUGAUGGCCAACAGCCUCCAAAGUCUUUCAGGAGAGACGUUCUCCUCAAAUGGCAAUUUGAAAGCGCUUCACUUGGGUCUCAACCCCUGGGACUGUACUUGCAGUAUCAGGGGUCUCGCACGUUGGAUAAGCCGUAACAAAGGUGUGGUUGAGGACAAAGAGGAAGUGAUGUGUCAUAGUCCGAUGUACCUAAUCCUACACAAGGUCGGGUCCCUGCAAGAAGAGGAUUUUUCCAUUUGUGAUACAACCACAGUCAGCCAUAAUUUUCUGACGCAAAGACCAUCCCCCAUAAAUUCCCCAACACACACACCACCCACGAUGACAUCAAUGACCACACCACAGGCUUCCACCAUGCUGACCACUGGACCAACGACCACAACCCCAACAACCACACCAUCUCACAGGACCCUAACUAGUUCUGCACCCAUUGAGGAUUCGCUCUCUGUCAGUGAAUCCAAACAUACUCAUAUUUGGUCCCCUCCCUUCCAUGACAAACUAGUGCUGGAACAGGGUCCUGAGUUUGUGCACCACAACCGACAUGGAGGCUGGGUGUAUGUGUGGACUCUUCCUUCGGAUGCAGCCUUGUCCGGGCUGCUCAUGUUUUGUCACAUCCUGCUGGUGUCCGUGGGUUUGUUCCUUAUUCUCGCUGCUGUGUACGGAAUUUAUCGUCUCAACAAAGCUGUGAGAGAACUAGGGACUGAAUGUGCACAUGCAAAAAGGAAACGCUCCAUGAGGUUGUGUCACAUGCAGAUGAGUCAGGACAAAUUGUGA